AUGUCCAAGUACUCUUCUGACCCCGCGUGGGCAUCGGUUACCCCCAUACCCCUGGAUGACGGGUCAAAUCACUUUAUUCAGGGAGAAGACGGUGCUGGUGCUAGUGCCGGCGCUGGUGAUACUGGUGUAGCCGGCGAAAUAAUACCUCUCGCGACAAUUGCGUAUUCGGAGGAGUAUGCUGAGGCGACAGCAUACCUGCGCGCCGUGAUGGCUGCAAACGAGAUGUCUGAUCGGGCAUUGGCGUUGACAGAGGAUGUGAUUCGGUCGAACCCAGCGCAUUAUACAGUCUGGCUAUACAGAGCACAAAUCCUCAAUGCUCUAGGUAAAGAUCUAAAAGCCGAGCUCGCCUGGCUCGACCAGCUAUCUACUAAAUAUUUAAAAAGCUAUCAGAUAUGGCACCAUCGCCAAGUAAUAAUGUCCAAUGAAUCUGCCUUCCCCACCUUACCGGAAGGGGAGCUUGACUUCUUGGUGAAGAUAUUUGCUCUAGAUGCCAAAAACUAUCACGUCUGGACAUACAGACAUUGGAUACUUCGUCGUUUCAAGCUAUGGGAUUCACCUGCCGAGUUAGCAGAUGUGGAAAGGAUGAUUGAUGAGGAUGUGAGGAAUAAUUCGGCAUGGAAUCAUAGGUGGAUCAUGCGGUUUGCGCCGCGGGAAGGGUUUGAUGGUGGAUUACCUGGCGUGGGCACCGGUGUUGGUGUUGGUGCUGGAGCUGGUGGAGGCAAGAUGGUCGUUGUGGAUGAAGAUAUGGUUGACGGGGAGGUGGAGUAUGCUAAAAAGAAGAUUGUGCUGGCGCCUGAGAAUAGGAGUCCGUGGGCAUAUAUGCGUGGUGUCCUCAGGGUUGCUGGGCGAGGGUUGGGGGAUCUAAAGACCUUUGCGCAGCGGUUUAUUGUUGAAGAAGUGGUUGCUGAGGGCGAGGGCGAAGUUCAGGUUAAGAGCAGCCAUGCGCUUGAGUGGUUGGGCGAUGUGUUUGCUGAAGAAACGCAGGCUGCGGGUGGAAGUGAAGCCAAGGCCAGUGCAGUGCGGAUGUUUACCUUGUUGAAAGACAAGUAUGAUCCUGUCAGGAAGAAUUAUUGGAACUAUCGGAUUAGGGCGUUGGAUAUGUAA